AUGCUCCGAUGGUCCACUACCUUACGAACUUUCCCGCGCACGCAGAAGCGAAGUUUCACAAACGGAAGCAAAAAGGAAAUUAUCGUGCUGCAUCCGAUAUUAAAGAAAACGAAAAGUGGCAGCAAGUCCUUUGACGAAAUAAUCUAUGACGCGCAGGAAGCCUUAGGGUUGGCUCGGUCGGCUGGCUUCAAAGUCGCGAAUGGAAUUUCGAUGCCCUUGGGGGGGUGGACAUUUUUUAAACGCCCGAGUGGGUCUAAAGGGGAAGGCGAAGGGGAAGGCGAAGGGGAAGGCGGCGAUUUAGCUAACAGCUUCCGUGAGGAAGACACAUUUAGGGGCUCACGCCAGUCAAACGUAGGGGCAAACGCGGGGGCCCCCUCCGAGGUGCCUCCGCAGGGGGAGGACCUAGAAAAAAAAAUUGCAGAGUCGAUUAUCAUCAAAACGAACAGAAUAGAUAACAAGUUUUACUUUGGCAAAGGCAAAUUGAAUGAGCUGUCCACCUAUUUUCUAAAACACCCAACGCCGUACGUGUUUAUUAACGCGCUGCUUUCGCCUGAACAGUUCAGAAAUUUGGACAUGCUGUUUAACGGCCUGCUGCGGAGCCACCACGAUGAGUUGAAGCUGCGUAGGCAGAAGCAGAGGGGGGAAGACUGCCUCUCGGUGAGGGUGUCAGAAUUUAGCGCGGAGGAUGACGACGGUGAGGAGGACGCGCGGGGGGAGGAGCUCCCGUACGUCGAGAUGUAUAACGAGUGGAUGGAGAGGCAGGCGGAGCGGGAGGAGAGGGAGGAAGAGCAUGCUGAUUUGGAAGAGGAGGAAGAGCAUGAUGAUUUGGAAGAGGAGGAAGAGCAUGCUGAUUUGGGAGAGCAGGAAGAGCAUGCUGCUUCGGGAGAGGAGGAAGAACAUGCCGCUUUGGGGGAGUUGAACCAAUGGGACGUCCUCCACCGCCACACCGCAGAUAACUGCGACGUGCCGCUCCACGUCGAGCUGUUCGACCGGUACAGCAUCAUCCUACAGAUACUGAAGAGCAGGGCGAAAAACAACCUGAGCAAACUGCAGCUGGAGCUAGCCAGGGCCAACUUCAUUUUCAACACCUACGCAGAAGAUAACAAGUCAAGAAUGAAGUAUGUAAAGUACAUCGAAAAUAAUGUACUGGGGAAAUCAAAUUUUGAUUACGAGGAGGAGUGCAGUGGACAAAGCGCUUUCCAUGCGGAUAGACAGAUGGGAGGGAAAAACAGUUACAACCACCCAGGGUACACGAGCAGCUACAUAAAGAGCUCAGAAACGUAUAAGGAGUAUGAAAAAAGAAUCAUUCACAAUUUGUAUGCAAAGCUGAAGAAGGAAUUGGGGAAAUGCAAAAAUAAUAAUGCACUCCAGAGCAGUGCUAGAAAGCACAAAGGGUUAAUAGCCGUGGUAGGAUACACAAAUGUAGGCAAAACAAAAUUAAUAAAUUAUUUAACCAAGUCCAAUUUGAAGGCAAGAAAUUUGCUGUUUCAAACCUUGGAUAAUGCUUUUAAAAGUGCAAACAUUUCUGAUGGUCACUCCACCAUAUUUAUAGAUUCAAUAGGGUUCAUUCAGAACAUCCCUUUCUCCCUCUACGAGUCGUUUAAGCUAACUUUGGAAGCAAUUAAAAGUGCAGACGUGCUCAUUCACGUGAUUGACGUGUGCCACCCGUACAGAGAGAAACACAAGAAGUGCGUCGUUGACACGUUACACAAAAUAGGCAUCCCCAGCGAUUUUCUAAAAUGCAAUAUGAUCGAGGUGUGGAAUAAGGUGGACCAAUUGGCAGACGAGGAACUCCUCAAUUUAUAUAAAACUAAGCCAAAGAAUGUACUUCCCAUUUCUGCGAAAGUAGGCACAAAUUGUGAUGUCCUCAUAAAAAUAAUCCAAACGAUGAUUAACAGAAUUAAGGAUGUGCAAGUGAUGACUCUCCAGUUUUCGACGAUGGAAGCUCAAGAGAGGAUUCCCUACCUUGUCAAAAAUUUCAAAGUAGUCCCCAACUCCAUUUCGUACUCCAGCGAUGGGAAUACCACUUUUAUCAAGUUGGUGGAGAAUCCCCGCAACUUGCGAAAGUACUAUGAGCGUUUCGACCGGGGUGAGAGGGGACCCUCGGGGGGGGGUGCACGUAAGGGAGCCGCGUCAUCAUAG